UUAUAAUCAUUUUUUUUUUUUUUGUUGAUUUACAUGUCUUUGAUCUGAGUCGCGGGUUCCAAAUUGUCGACUACAUCGUGCUUCAAUUUAGGGCUUUUCAGAUUCGGUGACGAUUUUGAUUGAGUUGGAUAUAAGAUAGGUAACUCGGUAACGGAGACGUGAACCGAGAUUUCAAUGGCGGCCACAUCUCUGAGCACGCCGAGGCUCGGCUCGUCGCUUACUUCGCCGGCGCUGCAAACCCUCCGCAACUACAGAUUCCCGAUUACCUUCCUCUCGUUCUCUCAUCACACCAAAUCGCUGAGCUCCAGAGACUUAUCCCACUCCGCCUACUCCUCUCAUCGGAGCCGCCGCCGCCUCACCACCGGAAUUCGCUCCGAGUCCGCCAACGGAGCCGAGCCGACGCGGAAGUUCGACUACGACCUAUUUACACUCGGCGCCGGCAGCGGGGGCGUCAGAGCCUCUCGCUUCGCCGCCAAUUUUGGGGCUAAAGUUGCCGUCUGCGAGCUGCCUUUCUCUACGAUUUCAUCCGACUCGACAGGCGGAGUUGGCGGCACGUGUGUUCUCCGUGGAUGUGUGCCGAAAAAGCUCCUUGUUUAUGCAUCCAAAUUUUCUCAUGAAUUUGAAGAGAGUGGUGGUUUUGGAUGGAGUUAUGAAGCAGAACCCAAGCAUGAUUGGAGCACCUUGAUUGCAAAUAAGAAUGCUGAAUUGCACCGCCUUACUGGAAUUUAUAAAAAUAUUCUGAACAAUGCUGGUGUCGAACUAAUUGAAGGCCGUGGCAAGAUUGUGGACCCACACACAGUAGACGUGAAUGGAAAGCUUUACUCAGCAAAGAAUAUUCUUAUUUCAGUUGGCGGGCGUCCUUUCAUUCCAGAUAUCCCGGGAAGUGAAUAUGUGAUAGAUUCUGACGCGGCCCUUGAUUUACCUUCAAAGCCUGAGAAAAUUGCCAUAGUUGGGGGCGGCUAUAUUGCACUUGAGUUUGCUGGCAUCUUCAAUGGCUUGAAGAGCGAUGUCCAUGUAUUUAUUAGGCAGAAAAAGGUGUUGAGGGGUUUUGAUGAAGAGAUCAGAGACUUUGUUGGAGAGCAGAUGUCAUUGAAAGGAAUUGAUUUUCACACGGAGGAGACGCCUCAGGCAAUAAUCAAGUCAUCAAAUGGACUCCUGUCUGUGAAAACUAAUAAGGGAACAGUUGAUGGUUUUUCUCACGUCAUGUUUGCAACAGGACGCAGACCAAAUACGAAGGAUUUAGGUUUAGAAGCAGUUGGUGUGAAGAUGUCGAAAAACGGAGCCAUAGAGGUUGACGAAUUCUCUCAGACUUCUGUUCCCUCCAUUUGGGCUGUUGGAGAUGUUACUGAUAGAAUAAACUUGACACCUGUUGCAUUAAUGGAAGGAGGAGCAUUGGCAAAAACUUUGUUUGCCAAUGAACCAAUAAAACCAGAUUACAGUGCUGUGCCAUCUGCAGUGUUUUCUCAGCCACCCAUUGGUCAGGUUGGUCUUACUGAAGAGCAGGCCAUUAAAGAAUACGGUGAUAUCGAUGUUUAUACAUCGAACUUCAGGCCUUUAAAAGCUACUCUCUCGGGCCUUCCUGAACGGGUUUUCAUGAAACUCAUUGUUAGCGCAAAGACGAACAAAGUCAUUGGUCUGCACAUGUGUGGAGAUGAUUCACCUGAAAUUGUUCAGGGAUUUGCUGUAGCCGUUAAAGCUGGGCUGACUAAGGCAGACUUUGAUGCCACAAUUGGUAUCCACCCCACUGCAGCUGAGGAGCUCGUCACCAUGAGAACUCCUACACGCAAAAUUCGAAGUAAACCGUUAGACGGAAAACUGGAUUCUGAUAUCAAAGCUGCUGCCGGUGUUUGAUGCUAUGGACAGACCAAAUUGAGUCCUGCCGUUUCUGAAAGCAAAAACCAUACUUCACGGUAUGAUAUGUAAUCACUUCUCUAGACUGUCAGUAAGCUCUACCAGAGGUCAAAAACUUUCACAUUCUUAUGGUUCUAAAUAAUUUAUUGGUUUGAUUUGCAUAGGAAGGCCCCACUCCAAAGACAAACUAUAUAGCUGUAUAAAAAAGUGAGUUUUUUUCUGUGAGCAUUUUUUGAGAUGUAACUGCAUUGAGUUUUUCUAUAGCUAUUGUGUAUUUUGGUGUGGAGCUAUUUCUCUCCAAUGUGUUGUUACUUGUCUUGUAAAUAAUUGCUCAAUAAUGUCACUAGUAUUGAUUAUAUUAGUGGUCUUAAUAAUAUCACUAAUAACAAGCUUUGUUCUUGAUUUUCAAGUGGUUGCCGAAUUAUCAUUCAUCG